UGCCUCUCUGUUGACUUUCCAACACUGGAAUUGAGUGGAAAGGAGGAAGCCUUGAGUGGCCCAUUGACAUUUUGUUUUGUUGAGUAGUGAAAAGUGGCGAAGCGCCAGUGUAGGCAGUGUAUGUAACUUGUAGCCUAUCGUACUGCUGCACGUCUUUGUGAGAAUGGUGUUCUGGAGACAACUACUUUGUAGAUUUGUCAAGUAAAUUUGUGGGUGAAAUGUGGAGUUUCUUUCGUUGAUUUUAGCCUAGUAGUUUGACCUUUCCACGAUCAGAGCAGCUUUGUUAGUAUCGUAUUCCACUGUGCGGUAGACCUAAUUUAUUCUCGGCUGCUUUUGUAUGGUGUUACAAUGGCCAGUAGGUUAAGCAGAAAUUUUAGGUACGAGGAUUACGAUGCUGAUGAAGGACUAUGGAUCGACAACCAGUUUACAUUCGAAGUGGCAUGGGAGGUGGCGAACAAAGUCGGUGGCAUUUACACGGUCAUCAAGAGCAAGGCCAUGUACAGUGUAGAAACGAUGGGCAAUGACUAUUGCCUACUUGGCCCGUAUGUAGAGCGAAACGUACGCACUGAGAUGGAUAUUAUCGAGGAGAUUCCCAACCUGGCAUUGCGAGAUACCAUUCAGGAGUUACGUGACAAUGGUAUCCAUGUUGUCUAUGGUCGAUGGUUGAUAGAAGGGUACCCCAAAGCUGUGCUGUUUGACCUGGAAAGUACGCGAUGGCGUGUUGACGGUGCGAAAGCAGAUUUCUGGAAUGCGACGCACAUUGGCGUUCCUGCCGACCCGGAAGCCGAGAACGCAAUCCUGUUUGGCCACAUCGUCGCUUGGUUCAUUGGCUCCUUCCGUGCUAGGUGUGCGGCCAGCACACUCGUCGUCAGCCACUUCCACGAGUGGCAGGCCGGCGCGGGGCUGAUUCUGCUGCGUACGCGUCACGUUGACGUGGCAACGGUGUUCACGACGCAUGCCACCCUGCUCGGCCGCUACCUGUGUGCCAGCAACGUGGACUUCUACAACAACCUGAGCAGUUUUGACGUGGACAAGGAAGCUGGAGAGCGUAACAUCUAUCACCGUUACUGUAUGGAGAGGUCGGCAUGCCACUGUGCCCACGUCUUCACCACUGUAUCAAGAAUCACGGCGGAUGAAGCAGAGCACUUGCUGAAACGCAAAGCCGAUGUCAUCGUGCCCAACGGGCUCAACGUGGUGCGCUUCAGCGCCAUGCACGAGUUCCAGAAUCUCCACGCCAAGAACAAGGAGAAAAUCAACGCAUUCGUCCAGGGUCACUUCUCCGGCUACUAUGAUUUCGACCUGGACAAGACCUUGUACUUCUUCAGCGCUGGUCGCUACGAGUUCACGAACAAGGGUGCCGAUCUCUACCUGGAGUCUCUGGCGCGUCUCAACCACAUGCUGAAAGCAUCUGGCAGCGACGUCACCGUUGUAGCAUUUCUGAUCUUCCCGACGCCAACCAACAACUUCAACGUAGAGUCACUACGCAGCCAGGCAUCCACCAAGCAGCUGCGUGACAUUGUCCAGGGUUUGCAGGAUCGCGUUGGCAGGCGGAUAUUCGAGUCGGCGCUGGCAGGUAACCUACCGGACAACGGCGAUCUGCUGACAUCAGAGGAUCUGCUCAAGUUGAAGAGGUGUAUCUACGAAGCACAGCGACCCAGCCUUCCCGCAGUGGUCACGCAUAAUGUAAUUGCUGAUUCCACUGACCCCAUCCUGUCGACGAUCCGACGCCUGGAGCUGUUCAACAAGCGUGAGGAUCGUGUCAAGGUGAUCUUUCACCCAGAGUUCCUGAAGUCGACCAAUCCACUGAUCGGUCUCGACUAUGAGGAGUUUGUGCGCGGUUGUCACCUGGGCGUGUUCCCAUCGUACUACGAGCCAUGGGGCUACACGCCAGCUGAGUGUACUCUGAUGGGCAUUCCAUCCAUCACCACCAACCUGUCUGGCUUUGGCUGCUUCAUGGCCGAGCACGUGGCCAAUCCAGAGAUGUAUGGUAUCUAUAUCGUGGACCGCCGCCUGCAGGGCUUUGAUUCGUCCGUUCUACAGCUGGCGCAGUACAUGUACCAGUUCUGCCAGUUCAACCGACGACAACGCAUCAUCCAGCGUAACCGAACGGAGCGGCUCAGCGACCUGCUGGACUGGAACAGUCUCGGCCGCUACUACCAGCAAGCACGUCGAUUGGCCAUCGCCGCCAUCCGUCCCGGGACGCAGGACUAUGAGAUUCCGGACCCCGCGGACUACGAGGCACGCUACCCGAAGCCGGCCUCAAUCGCCGAUCCGCAGGCCUAUCAGUCUGAUGUGGAUGACGUGGACGAUGACAUGGAGGAUCAGGAAUUGAGCUCGGUCGCGUCGUCGCGCGCUCGCAGUCCCGAGCCGGAGUCGCCGUCGGAUUACAAGGACAAGAAAUAGACGUGCCCCAUGCGGCUAGCCCCAGGCGGGCGCGUGUCUGCGUUAGAUCAGUAGGCCCGUGUACCGGUAUCUGCGCCGGUCACAUCUCUUACUUUCCUCGUUUCUCUCACCUUCUUUCUUGCUACACAUCAGUCUGGUCACCUGCCUGCCCCUACUAGAUCAAGUUGACCGUGCUUGCCAUCCCAUUGCACCAGCAUGUAUGGCAGCACUGGCCUACAGUUAUCCUAUGUUUUAUAUAGAUUUUUUGUUUUUAUCCAAUCUCCAAACCAGUAAUGCAUGUACCUAUGACUCUUCUCUGAAAGGGUGCCACACCAGUUCACCGGUGGUCAGAAGGUUUCAUUAUGGAUUUUAGGCUUUCUUGACCAUUUUUAUCGAUAGUAUCAUAUUCGCUGUCACAAUGUAUCAUGAAAUUCAUGCUGUGCACAUGCAGUCGCAAAAGUACACUAUUUUCUGUUGAAGACCCAGCUUUUUUUGUUUGUUUCGAGUUUUUGGUGGACUCCUGCCUCCCACCUGUAUUACGGACACUGUGCGUUUUACCGCCGUGAGCAUUAUAGUUUCACUGGUGUAUUGUUGUUGUCAUCAUCACACGCUCGUGUGUGCUUGAAUUCCAUGUAUCGUGUAUACAUUUUGUCUCGUUGCUACCAAUUAUUUAGAAGCAUGUCAAUUGCUAUGAAAGGUUGGUUUCCGAAUUUUAAAUUAUUUUCACUGCGUCGUGUAUCACCAGCGCAGCGUGAGUGGUGUUUGUCUGCAUACUGUUCAUCAUGUUGUCUUAUUUCAACUCUUUGUUAGAAAUCUGUGAUUUACACUACCGGUAUUUGUGAA